AUGUCAACGAGCGCCGCCGAGAAAGCCGAAGUUGAUGCACUUAUUGCUCAAUUAAGUUCCUCGCAAGAUCAUGAGAGAAAAACUUCAGUAAAUAUGAGUAGUAGCCCGGAUGCUUCUACAUCAUCGUCUGAACGCAAACGUGUCUAUAUUCGUCAAAAUUCAGGAUCAAAUUCAAGCAAUCAUUUCUCUGGCUCGCCAACGGAUGCACACAAACACUUGUUACAGAAAAAUGCAAAACUUUCGAAGAAGAAUGAUCGUAAAUCUCGACAAGGAAAAGGUCGUGGUUUAGCUAAGAAAGGCGGCGGUGGUGGAAACUACACAUGGGGUACCAUGGGCUCGGAAUUUCUCGAUGAAUACGCCGAAGAUUUCGAUGAAGAUGAUCUUGAUGAUUUGCAAUACAAUGAAGCGAAGGAGAAAUAUCUCACGCAAACUGCACAGAGCCAAUUGAAGCCAAUCGAAAACUUCGAUAAAGAUAUCAAACCAAUAAUUGACGAGUAUUUUGUCAAUGGUGAUGCGAAUGAUGUCGUGCAAUCAUUACGUAAAUUUGAUUUGCGAGAACAUGGCGAUGGAGAAUUGCUUGCGUACAUAGUCACAAUAGCAUUAGAAAAAUCGAAUGUUCACAAAGAAUUAAUAUCACGUCUUUUACAUGAUCUUAAUGGCGUCAUGUUUCGCGCUAAUGAUUAUAUCAAUUGUUUCAAUACACUGCUGACAACAUUGAAUGACUUGUCACUUGAUAAUCCUGAAUGUUCAACUGACAUUGGCAAAUUUAUUGCUCGUUCAAUAGCUGAUAAAUGUAUUGAUAACACGAAUGGCAAAUAUUUUGCUCGUUACAAAGGCAAUGUCAAAUGCACUAAGAUGCAAGCUGCUCUUGAUAAAGCUGAGACACUUGUUUCAAUGGGCGACUUCUAUUUUCUUAAUAAUGUUUGGGGUGCCCGGUCAAGUGGCUUUCGACCUGUGAGAGAAUUAGCUGAUAAAAUGAAUUUGAUUAUUCAUGAAUACUAUGACAGUGGUGAUGGUAGUGAAACGAUUCGUUGUUUGAAAGAAUUGAAUGUGCCACAUUUUUUUCAUGAGUUCAUCUACAAAUUAAUUGAUUUCUGCUUAGAAAAAAAUACAGAACGUGCCCAACAAUUAACUAUCGAGUUACUUGAAACAUUGACCAAGACGGCAAUCAUUACCUAUGAUCAAUUGAAAACUGGCAUGUUUCGUUUAUUUGAUGAUAUGGAAGACAUUCAGUUAGAUGUUCCGAAUGUUUACGAACAACUACAAGCACUUACCAAACAAUUAGAAGAGAACAAAGUCCUCAAUCAGGAUAUCAUAUCCAAUAUUCCUCAAAAGGGACGCAAACGCCUAACAAGUGGCGAUGACAAUUCCAAGCAAAUCAAAUGA